CCGGAAGUCUGCUCGGCUGGAGAGAAACAAGGCUUGCUGGGGGUGCUGCCGGUCACUUCUUGGGCCCGCCCCUUGCCUGAAGAUGAGGUUGUCAUGAUAUUGCUGCCGCCUCUACUAUUCUUCAGCUUUUGUUAGCAGUUUUUGUGUGUUUGCAAACUCUACUGACGAAUUAUCAGGAAUUGAAAUGAGCUAGAAAGAGAAGUGGAAAUAUUUCUCCUUAUUUGCGGCUUGAGUGUCCAAGUCUGCAAAAUGAACGACAGUGGCAAAUCUGCUGAAAAGAACACAGAGGAGGAGCCAAAAGAUUAUAAGGACUUUGCUGAGAGCUUUAAUCAGCUUGAGUUGUUGGAAACCCACAGACAUCUAAUCCCCACUGGAACACAAAGUCUUUGGUCUGGAGACUCCGAUGAGGAAGAUCAGGAAGAAAAAACAGAGGAAUGGUACCAAGCUCAAGAGAAAAAGCUAGAAAGCAACCCAGACAAACUUCUGCUUUGGGCAGCUGAAAAAAAUAGGCUUAACACGGUACAAAGGCUCUUGUCUCAAAAUCUUGUUCCAGUAAAUGUCCAAGAUGAAGACCAAUAUACCCCUCUCCACCGUGCUGCCUAUAGUGGACACUUAGAAGUUGUACGAGAGCUGAUUGCCCGCGGCGCAGAUGUUCAUGCAUUGACAGUGGAUAGCUGGACCCCACUGCACAGUGCCUGUAAGUGGAACAACACAAAGAUAGCCUCGUUCUUGCUUCAGCAUGGUGCGGAUAUCAAUGCUCAGACCAAUGGCUUGCUGACUCCCCUGCACCUUGCAGCAGGAAACAGGGAGAGCAAGGAAACCCUUGAACUCUUGCUCAUGAAUCGCUAUUUGAAGCCAAACCUCAAAAACAACUUGGACGAAACGGGAUACGAUAUCGCUCGAAGGACUGAUAUAUAUCACUAUCUGUUUGAAAUUGUUGAAAAUUGCACAAAUUCUGUGUCAGAUUCUUAGGAAUUGUGAACAUUUGAAUGUUGAAACUGGGCCUUGGUAAAAAAAAAUUA